CACACAUGCACAGACAUGUAUGCCCCAAAGCCUGCCGAAGGCUUGCUUCGCUCAGGACCCGCUCCUUUCUCAGGGGGUGAGGUGGUUUUCAGCAAGUACUGCAACUCCAGCGACAUCAUGGACCUGUUCUGCAUUGCCAUGGGGCUGCCACGGAACACGACCAUCUCCCUCCUGACCUCGGACGACGCCAUGGUCUCCAUCGACCCCACCAUGCCCGCGAAUUCAGAACGCACGCCGUACAAAGUGAGGCCCGUGGCUGUCAAGCACCUGUCGGAGAGAGAAGAGUUAAUCCAGAGUGUCCUGGCCCAGGUGGCGGAGCAGUUCUCCAGAGCGUUUAAGAUCAACGAACUGAAAGCAGACGUUGCCAACCACCUGGCGGUGCUGGAGAAGCGCGUGGAGCUGGAGGGGCUGAAAGUUGUGGAGAUCGAGAAAUGCAAGAGUGACAUCAAAGACAUGAGGGAGGAGCUGGCGGCCAGAGGUAGCAGGACCAACUGCCCCUGUAAGUACAGCUUUCUGGACAACAACAAGAAGCUGGCCCCUCGACGCGAUGUCCCCACCUACCCCAAGUACCUGCUGUCCCCAGAGACCGUCGAAGCCCUCCGCAAACCCACCUUCGAUGUCUGGUUGUGGGAGCCCAACGAGAUGCUGAGCUGCCUGGAGCACAUGUACCACGACCUGGGCCUGGUCAGCGACUUCGGCAUCAACCCUAUCACGCUCCGGCGCUGGCUGCUCUGUGUGCAUGACAACUACCGGAACAACCCCUUCCACAACUUCCGGCACUGCUUCUGUGUGACCCAGAUGAUGUACAGCAUGGUCUGGCUGUGCAGCCUGCAGGAGAAGUUUUCCCAAAUGGACAUCUUGGUCCUCAUGACGGCGGCCAUCUGCCACGACCUGGACCACCCCGGAUACAAUAACACGUACCAGAUCAAUGCCCGCACCGAGCUGGCCAUGCGCUACAACGACAUCUCGCCCCUGGAGAACCACCACUGCGCCGUGGCCUUCCAGAUCCUGGCCCGGCCCGAGUGCAACAUCUUUGCCAACGUGCCGCCCGAGGGCUUCAGGCAGAUCCGGCAGGGCAUGAUCACGUUAAUCUUGGCCACUGACAUGGCAAGGCACGCGGAGAUCAUGGACUCUUUCAAGGAGAAAAUGGAGAAUUUCGACUACAGCAACGACGAGCACCUGACCCUGGUGAGUGGGCUGGUUCUCAGAACCAUUAUCACAGCCUGCUGUGAGAUCUCCAACGAGGUGCGGCCCACAGAAGUGGCAGAGCCAUGGGUGGACUGUCUGCUGGAGGAGUAUUUCAUGCAGAGUGACCGUGAGAAGUCGGAAGGCCUUCCCGUGGCCCCCUUCAUGGACCGAGACAAAGUGACCAAAGCCACAGCCCAGAUUGGGUUCAUCAAGUUUGUCCUGAUCCCGAUGUUCGAAACAGUGACCAAGCUCUUCCCCGCGGUGGAGGAGCUCAUGCUGCAGCCCCUGUGGGAAUCCCGAGCCCACUAUGAGGAGCUGAAGCAGCUGGACGACGCCAGGAAAGAGCUGCAGAAGAAGACUGAGAGCUUGGCCUCCGGGACCACCGAGAAAGCCAGAGAGAAGAGCAGAGGCGGGAGGAAGAGAGAAGGUGGCACGUCUCCAAACUGAGGUCUCGGCGUAGACGGUGAUUUAGACUAAAGUGGGGAGGAGCCACCUGUGCGUGGGAGUGGGGUGGCCCCUCUUCCUGCGCCACCGCCAGUCCGGUGACGGGGACCCCAGGCCCUUAGCCAGCCCUAACCUCCCCCGGGUUCGAGUGAAGUCUCUGUCCUCUUGAUAUUGAACAUUGGGGUUAAACUCCAGCACAUGUGUCCCAGGGACACAACCCAUUUCCCAGCCAGUGCACAGAAUAUUUAUACAUAAGUGGAAACUCAGUCCCUUGUGUGUAGGAAUCAGAAAAGGCCUUCAAAAGAAGGAAAUAUCCUCAAAAGAGCAAGGACCCAAGUUCAAUCCCUGGUACCAAACAAAGGGAAUAUACUUAGAAAAAAAUAGGAUCUGCACUACGUACAAGAGAAAGUCUCGUUCUGUUUUGUGGACCUGGGCAUUGAACCCGGGGCCUGUCCAUUCCAGGCAAGUGCUCUCCUGCAGAGUUGCAUCCCUGGCCUUUUUUUUUUUUUUU